AUGGUUGGCCUAGCCCCAUCCCUCGCCCUGAGCCUAACGGCACCUUCAACUUCACCUAUCGAAGCUUCUAGCGCUAUAGCCGCUUCCCCCCUCACGCCGUUCCCUCCAAGUCCUUCAACAAUGGCGGGGUGGAUAGGAUGGGUGUUCAACUUCAUCUUCCAUACGGUCCCAAGUGUUCUGUAUUGGAUUAUAACCUUUGCGACCAUCACAUUGCCCACAUGGCUAUUUACGCUUUUCUCCAUGAGCUUGACCUUCACCAUGAAUUUCACCACCCUAAUGUUGAUAUUCCUCGUGCUGGUAUCGACGGUUGGAUGGUUCAUCCGUUAUCGCUACCUGAACAUGUACAGCCGUCUGCCCCCUGAGCCCCAACGCAAAGAAGCCCAGAUCGAUCUGUUCCCCGAUAUUCAGGAGGGUGAUUCCAAACCGGGACUCGCUAACUAUCUCGAUGAAUUCCUGAGCGCUAUCAAAGUCUUUGGCUACCUCGAGCGACCCGUCUUUCACGAAUUGACACGGACAAUGCAAACCAGGAAGCUGAUCGCGGGCGAGACUCUCAUGCUAGAGGAGGAAAAAGGCUUCUGUUUGGUUGUGGACGGUCUAGUUCAGAUCUUCGUGAAAUCAACACGCGACGGGAAGUCGAGUUCACAAGAGAGCUUAUACAUGGAAGAUGCGUCCUCGGACGAAGAGGAACAUCACAGCCACAAUCGGCAGGGAUAUCAGCUUCUCACCGAGGUCAAGAAUGGCGCCUCGAUGUCGUCCUUGUUCUCUAUUCUCCAGCUAUUCACUGAAGAUAUAGAACUCCGCAAUUCGCGAAGCCAUAGCUCCAGCGUCUCCACCCCAGUGGGCGGGCAGACACCAGUCCCUGAUGCCUUCCCCAUGAGCCCGAGUAGCGGUGUUGUCAAUAGUCCCAGGACUACUCUCAGAGACGCCCGUGAUUUGAACGCUGCGGCCCGCGGGCCUGGCGAUACAUUACCGCCGGUUCCCCCGCUGAAUAUUGGAGAAAGUCACGCUAUGCCUGCCCCUCAAACUCCUCGCCGAACCCCACAACCGGAGGCCAACGAACAUGCUCAUGCUCAUGCUCAGAAAAAACGUCGCAAGUCGGUGCAUCCAGACAUCGUGGCCCGGGCCACUGUAGAUACAACAAUCGCUAUUAUUCCAGCGAGCGCCUUCCGCCGCCUCACCCGAGUCUAUCCCCGGGCAACAGCGCACAUUGUUCAGGUCAUUCUCACACGUCUUCAGCGAGUCACAUUUGCCACAGCUCAUUCCUAUCUGGGCCUCACUACUGAGGUUUUAGGUAUAGAGCGGCAAAUGUCCAAGUUUACAUCCUGGGACCUCCCUAAUAAUCUUCGAGGAAGCGCCCUAGACCGUUUGAAGGACAAGUUCAAACGAGAGCGAGACCGUUUGGGACCGGAGGAGACUGGCAAAGGCAUUGCUCUUCACAAUCCUUCUGCAGGCCGUAGACGGCGUUCGAUUGGUUCUUUGCGAAAAGACGCAGUUUUGCAAGCAAAGGUCGCCAAUGACCGCCCUCUAGCGCCCCUCACCCCGCAUAGGUCACCGCCAGCGUUCGGUGAAAGGGAUCAAGCAGGCGUCAGCCCCGGUGAUCUAUUAUCGACGAUACAGCUGUCUAGGUUUGGCCCGCGAUAUGAUUCAUUGGCACCACGAAUCCAGACCCCUCUUUCUGAGAGAGAGCAACCUCAAUUUCUACCUUCUGCAAUUAAUCGCCGACCUACGUCAACUUUCCAGCGAACGGAGUCCGUCGAUGAAGACGCUUUGUUCCGCGAGUCGAUCCUGGACUGCAUCAUGAAGGGGAUUGGGCUUGAUGAAAGCUCACGCGACACUAUGCGCAAGGGAAGUCACUCGGGCGACGCUUCACCGAGACUCCUUUCCUUCGACAAUCGCCGCCAAAAGGCAGUGUUUUCGAACGCGUUUGGCUUCAUGGACCCAUAUGAAGCAUCUGGUGAUGGUGAAUCUGAGUCUAUGAUGUCCAUGUCAGUAACAAGUGCAGGUGGGACUUCGCCUGUAAUCAAUCUGCGGGAAGAGCUGCGCCACGAUAUUGAGGUAGUCUACUUCCCACAGGGCUCAGUUCUUGUAGAACAGGGCGAGCGUCACCCAGGUCUCUACUAUGUCAUCGAUGGAUUUUUGGAUGUGGGCAUUCCAGCCACUGAAAAGGAUGAUGCGCUUAUUGGCUCAUCUCAUGGAACUGCCUCGCAAGCACAAGAAGAACUAUUCCCAAAACUAAGACGCACAACAACAGCAUCGUCACGCGCCUCUGGUGAAACGGGCGGUAACGAUUCUCGACGCAAGACGCAGUCUCGUAAAUCCCUCUACUUGAUCAAACCCGGUGGCAUCCAAGGGUAUGUUGGUGCGCUUGCAUCAUACCGCUCAUACACGGAUGUUGUGGCCAAGACAGAUGUCUAUGUUGGAUUCCUUCCCCGUGCUUCCCUAGAGAGAAUUGCCGACAGACACCCCGCCGCUUUGUUGACACUGGCAAAGCGGCUGACCAGACUUCUCCCCCGUCUGUUGCUCCACAUUGACUUUGCGCUUGAGUGGGUUCAGGUCAGCGCAGGACAGGUGAUUUACCACCAAGGAGAUGAAAGUGACGCUAUUUAUCUUGUUUUGAAUGGCCGUCUGCGGUCUGUUCUCGAAGGAUCAAAUGGCAAGAUGACUGUCAUCGGCGAACAUGGCCAGGGCGAGAGUGUUGGCGAACUCGAAGUCAUGACCGAAUCUACGAGGCCAUCUACUUUGCAUGCCAUCAGAGAAACGGAGUUAGCGAAGUUCCCACGGUCUCUUUUCAAUAGCCUCGCGCAGGAGCACCCGGGUAUCACGAUCCAGGUUUCGAAACUUAUUGCCCAGCGCAUGCGCGACCUGGUUGAACAUCCGCUAUCCGAGAAGGGUAUCGAACAAGGAAGUGCUGCGGGUGUGCAAACGGCAACGUCAACUGUCAAUCUUCGCACUGUGGCAAUUCUUCCCGUCAUGGCUGGUGUUCCUGUGGUGGAAUUCGGAAAUAGGCUUCUCCACGCGUUGCACCAAAUUGGUGUGACCAGAGGUGUCACGUCGCUCAACCAAGAGGCGAUUCUGAACCAUUUAGGCCGCCACGCCUUUAGCAAGAUGGGAAAACUCAAACUUUCCCAGUAUCUGGCGGACUUGGAGGAGAAAUAUGGAAUGUUGUUGUACAUUGCUGAUACCAAUGUGAACGCUCCGUGGACCCAGACGUGUAUCGCGCAAGCUGACUCUAUUCUAUUGGUGGGACUUGCGGAGUCUUCACCCAGAAUCGGUGAAUAUGAGCGAUUCCUGCUAGGUAUGAAAACCACGGCUCGUAAGGAACUCGUGCUUUUGCAUGCGGAACGUUACUGUUCACCCGGACUCACUCGUAAAUGGUUAAAGAACCGUGUUUGGAUCAAUGGCGGUCACCAUCACAUUCAAAUGGCUUUCCGCUCGACCAACGAGCCUUCACACCCACCAAGCAAGAAGUUUGGCACUGUUCUCAAACAGCGUGUUCAAAUCCUACAAGCCGAAAUCCAGAAGUAUACUUCGCGUCGAGCUCAACAAAGCCCGCUCUAUUCCCCGCAAUCUGCAUUCAAGGGCGACUUCCAUCGACUGGCACGGCGUCUGUGCGGCAAGUCUGUAGGUCUUGUAUUGGGCGGAGGAGGAGCGCGGGGUAUCGCGCAAGUUGGUGUGAUCAAAGCGCUCGAAGAAGCCGGAAUCCCAAUUGAUAUCAUUGGUGGCACGUCGAUCGGCUCGUUCAUUGGAGCUCUGUACGCGCGUGACGCUGAUGUUGUUCCCAUGUACGGACGAGCCAAGAAAUUCUCCGGGCGCAUGGGCAGCAUGUGGCGAUUUGCACUGGACUUGACCUACCCAACGGUCUCCUACACCACAGGCCAUGAAUUCAACCGCGGAAUCUUCAAGACCUUUGGCGACAGCCAGAUUGAGGACUUCUGGUUGGAAUUCUACUGCAACACAACCAACAUCAGCCGAUCUCGGAUUGAGUAUCACUCAUCCGGGUAUGUAUGGCGGUACGUGCGAGCAUCGAUGUCUCUGGCCGGUCUCAUCCCUCCAAUCUGCGACGAAGGCAGCAUGCUCCUCGACGGCGGCUAUAUCGACAACUUAACUGUAGCACACAUGAAGAGCCUCGGAGCAGACGUAAUUUUCGCCGUGGACGUCGGCUCCAUCGACGACACCACACCGCAAGGAUUCGGCGACUCCCUAUCAGGCUUCUGGUCAGUAUUGAAUCGCUGGAACCCCUUCUCCUCCAUCCCGAACCCACCAACGCUCUCCGAUAUCCAAGCACGACUAGCCUACGUCUCGUCAAUCGACAAUCUCGAGCGUGCAAAGAAUAUGCCAGGUUGCUUAUACAUGCGUCCACCCAUCGAUCCCUACGGAACGUUGGAUUUCGGCAAAUUCGACGAAAUCUAUCAAGUCGGCUACACUUACGGCCGGGAAUUCCUCGAUCGUCUGAGGAACGAAGGGUCGCUGCCUAUUCCGGAGGAAACGGAGGAAAAGCGCAAACUGCAGCGGACGAUGGCACCUCGCAGAGCUAGCAUUUAG